UCAAACAACUACAUCUUACCUUUUGGCAUGUUGAAUUUCUAGUCUGUUCACCAGGUUGUAGUGAAACACCUCUGGUUAUUUUUGUCAUGUGGUGAAGCAGCAAAAAAGUGAUCAACUGAAAGUAAAAGCUAACUUUGUACAUUUGCAAAAACUAAGUGGCGUCACAAGAAAAUCUGGUACUAAUACGGUGUCGCAAAAAAAUAGUUUCAGUCGUUGUUGAGAGAAACUGUUGCUAAAGGAAAUGGACUGUAUAAAGUGUCUGUGUUGUCGCACCUUUACUACAGAUCGAGGACCACUUCGCAUAGUAAUGAUUGGAAAAACUGGAGUGGGAAAAAGUGCUGUGGGGAACACCAUCCUUGGUAGAAAGGUUUUUCACUCAAGCCCCUCUGCAAACUCUGUCACUCACUUGUGCCAAAAAGCACAUGUCUAUGACCAUAGAGACAUUUAUGUGAUUGACACACCUGGAAUCUUGGAUACCAACAAACCAAAAGACCUCAUCAAGAGAGAAAUAGUGAGAUGUAUUCAGAUUUCAGCACCAGGUCCUCAUGUGUUCCUGCUGGUGAUACAAAUUGGCCGUUUCACUGCUGAGGAGCAAAAAUCUGUCCAAGCCCUGCAAGAGCUCUUUGGAGAAGAAGCUUCAAGAUACAUGAUAGUGGUCUUCACUCACAGAGACGCACUCAAUAGUCAAACAAUAGAAGACUAUGUAUUAGGAGGCCAUCCAGAACUCCGCAAAGUGAUCCAGAGGUGUGGUAGUAGAUAUGUUGCUUUUAAUAACAAUGACUCAAAGAAUCGAGCUCAAGUCAAGAAAUUAAUGGAGAAAAUUGAUGAAAUGGUGUCAGUAAAUGGGGGAGAAUGCUUCACUCAAGAAAUGUUUCAAGAAGCGGAAGAAAAAAUUCAGCAACAGAAAGUGGAGAGAGCGGUCGCAGAACUUCUGGAAUAUCAGUUUAGCUUUCUUGGGGUUCUUGAAGACAGAGUCGUUUUGUUCCAGCAAACACUGAUGGAAGGUGUUCGCGAACAGUUUGCUAUUGAAAGUGGCUCUUGCAAUUACUAAAGAGACUUAAAUCAGACACAUAUUCCCCCGGUUACACAGACAAGGCUUAAAGGGUUAGUUCACCCAAAAAUGAAAAUAAUGUCAUUAAUUACUUACCCUCAUGUCGUUCUACACCCGUAAGACCUUUGUUCAUCUUCGGAACACAAAUUAAGAUAUUUUGAUUAAAUCCGAUGUCUCAGUGAGGCCUGCAUUCACAGUAAUGGUACUUCCUCUCUCAAGAUCCAUAAAGAUACUAAAAACAUAUUUAAAACAGUUCAUGUGAGUUCAGUGGUUGUACCCAACUUGUAAAGCUCCGAAGCAGUGUUUUGAAAUCGGCCCAUCACUAGAUAUUGUUGAAAAGUUGUUAUUUUGUUUUUUUGGCGCACAAAAAGUAUUCUCGUCGCUUUAUAAUAUUAAGGUGGAACCACUGAACUCAUAUGAACUGUUUAAUUAUGUUUUUAGUACCUUUAUGGAUCUUGAAAGAGGAAGUACCAUUGCUGUGAAUCAAAAUAUCUUAAUUUGUGUUCCGAAGAUGAACAAAGGUCAUACGGGUGUAGAACGACAUGAGGGUGAGUAAUAAAUAACAUCAUUUUAGUUUUUGGGUGAACUAACCCUUUAAACUAGUCCUAGACUAAAAUGCAUGUUUGAGCUGUUUUAACUGAAAGCAAAUUGCACUGAUAUAUAUCUUAAAAUAUGUCUCAAGAUGCACACCAUUAAUGUUUUUUUCUAAGGCACGUUUAUAAAAGCUACUUAAAUGCCCUAAUUGAACUAAGGGCUAAUCCUGGCUUAAUCUAAGCCCUGUCUGUGAAACCAGGCCCUUAUGUUUAUGUUCAGCGGUAGUUUUAUAUUACACCUUACUCAUUUAUGUGAUGUUAUACAGUGUAUGCAUUUAAUUUGACAGAGGUGGCCAACCUUUUAGAUAAUGAAUGUAGUUUUCUUGAGAUCAUUGAUUAAUCAUUUUUUUUCCAAAAGAUCUGCAACCUGAUCCUAUACUUUUAUCAAAUGACCUCACAGUGACAUUUAUUGUGCAGUUUCAUUUUAACAUGUUAGAAAAAUUACUCCUGUUGUUGUGAAAUAAGAUCUUAUUUAAAGUGUUAUAAUUUGUCUGCAGUAUACAAUUGCAGAAUGAAUAAUAUGUGGAAGCAGACUCCUUCGUGAAGGCACUGUAUUCUCUAGCACAUUUGUUUUUGUGUACAGUACAUAGUGAUAUACAUUAGAUUAGCAGUUCAUUUUAUGCCUAAUGUACUGUAAUUACAGGCAUCAAAAUCAUUUUCAGAAUUCACAAAGAAAAACUGUCUACCUGUAAAUGUAGACCAAUGUUUUGCUGUCUUUAUUAUCCUUUCUUCAUAAAGUUAUCUAUGAAUAAGAAUGUGACUUUUUUCAUUUCAAGACACAAUGUAAACUUUCCACAAUUUAGCACUUUUUUUUUGCCAUUAUCUUUUAACAUUUGUUAAGAAUCAGUUAUAAAUGUAAAAUUGUUAAA